AGCUCUGUGCACAUAGUGACAGCAUUGCCACGGGCAGGGGAGAGGCCACAGAGAGGAGCUCGGGCUUACUGGAUUACUCUGGCUAGUAUUUGAUUAACUUUUACAGCUCAAUAGGAUCCAGGUACUUUAGUAAAGAGUCACAAAGUCCUGAUUCCAUUUUAAAGGUAGGAAUUGCACCGGAGAAUAUAUUAAUACUUGCAGCGUAGUACCUGUUUGUCAAGUUUUUAACAUGCAAGGGACAAGGGGUUCCUUGGAAAUGCAGUGUGUCCAGUUUAGUUGACGCCACAGGACUGAAGGCAUUUUUUAGUUUAGCAGCACACUGGCUGCAGCAGGAUUCUUUAGGGUGUGACGCACGUUUACUAGCAAGCAGAGGAUGAGUUUUCUGUACUUUAUCCUGCCUGCAUUUGGAGGAUACGCACUCACCUCCCUGUACCUGCUGAAGAAUCCUCAUGUACUGCACAAGAGGAAGAGGACCUCCUUCUCCGCAAGGCAUAUAUCUCACAGAGGAGGAUGUGGGGAGAGGAUAGAAAGUACGAUGGAGGCAUUUACAAAUGCCGCGGAACAAGGCACUCAGAUGUUUGAGUUGGACUGUCACCUGACGCACGAUGGACAUGUGGUGGUGUCACAUGAUGAAAACCUGCUGAGACAGACGGGCUGUGACAUAACCAUCUCUUCUCAGAACCUACAGGAUAUGCCGUUGUAUAAAGAAAAACUGGAAGUGACAUUCAACACAGGGCACUCCAGCAGCGGCUCAGACAGGCACUUUGCUCUGCUGGAGGACGUGUUCAGGAAGUUCCCUACAAUGCCCAUCAGCAUAGAAAUCAAAGAGGAUAAUAUCCAACUCAUUCAAAAGGUGUCCAACCUGGUGAAGCAGUACAAUCGAGAGGGCAUCACAGUGUGGGCCUCUCUGAGCGCCACGAUCAUGGAGAAAUGCCUCAGAAUAAACGACUCUCUGCCGUAUAGUUUCUCGAUGAGGAGAGGAGUGCUGCUGCUGCUCCUCUUUUACACUGGCCUUUUGCCCUUUGUGCCUCUAAAUGAGAGUUUACUGCAGUUCUACUUAGUCCGUGUUAUGAACAGGACCUUCAUCCCUGAACAACGUAUCUUGAGGAACAAACUAGUAGUUUGUUUAUUAGAAAAGGUGACCAUGAGGAAAAGUCUAUUUAAACAUCUCGCGGCUCGAGGAAUUCAGGUGCAUUUAUUUGUCUGUAAUUCAGAGGAGGACAUUAAAGCCGCUCUUGAGCUCGGAGCCACUGGCGUAAUGACGGACUACCCUUCUCUCCUCACAAACUACCUCUGCAAAAACAAUCUGAACUAAUCAAUAUCCACAUUUGAAAAGCUUGAGUAACUUGUAUAGGCCUUGAUAAUGCUUAGUCUUGUAAGGUUUGUUAAAGACAGUAUUAA